AUGUGUUUGUAUAAAUAUAUCUCUAUAGAUAGAUUAGUGUUAUGUUUGUAUAAUUCCUAUUUCUUAAACACUUUAUUUUUUCCUUUUAAUUUCAACUUACUUUAUUUUUGCUUCCCACCGUAGAGUCCCUAAUUUCCCUCCCUAAUUUAUGAGCUUCCCUCCUUGGUAGACUAGACCCAAGUAAUGUUGACAAGCAUCGACUCUCUAAUUUUCAAGCUUUAUUUAUGCUAAAACUCAUACUCCUUUCCACAGAUUCCCCAUUUUCCCUCCCUAAUUUCUGAGCUUCCCUCCUCACAGAUCUCCAAAAUUUGUAAUUGAUUUUGCUAAAACUCAAAAACCCAUUCGAACCCAAUUGCAAAAUUCGUUUCCUCCACUCUAAUCCAUCAAUGAUAGAGGGUUUCUCACAGCCAACUGUAGCCCCGCUUGUUCUCUCCUUUCCAUCAACCGUGGUACCGCCGCUUCUCUCUCUCUCUCUCUCUCUCUCUGUUUCUAUACGAUUCCAUUAGGCUGUGCAUGCUCACCUUUGCUAUUACUGGUUUCAUUUUUGUUUUUCGAUUGUUUGGUUUCUGAGAAAAAGGUCAAAAGUGUUUCUGGGUAUGAAUCCUAGUACCGGGAAACGAUCCAUCUCCAUGGCUAGUCCAAGCACCUCUUGGAGAAGAUGCUUAGGAAAUGUCUUUAUGAAGGAUGUUUAUUACUUGUAAAAGUAUAAUUUCUUGUGUUUUCCUAGUUUCUGUUGGAUUUUUGUUUUUGGGUUUUCAACAAGAGAAAUAAAGGAAUGAAGCUUCUCUCUCAGAUUUGGGAACUAUAUGAAAUCUUCAAUGCUUUUAGGUUUAAUUAUGUUCUGAAUCAAAUCAUGGUUUACGGCAAUGUUCAGUUGUAACUUUGUCUUGUUCAAAAGAGGCAAAUUUGAGUUAUGAUUUGUUUGUAUGUGUUAAAGAAUGUGUUUUCUUGUGAACGUGUGUUGGUUUAUGGUCUUCUAAUUUGUUCAAAGUGAAUGUGUGAUAUGGAUGGUUCAUGUAACUAGUGACAUACUUAUGAUAUGCAUUUUCUUGUUGUUAUUAAUUCUCUUAUGGGUGAAUUACUGCAAUUUCUAUGAAGGAAAUUAUAGGAGGUUAGACUUGCUUUUAUUAUGUGCCGUAGAAUUAUAGCUAAAUUCUUCACUCACUUAUUAGUAUUUUGAGUCUUGCAAUUUUUGCAUUACUGGUUUGUUUGUUAAAGGUUUGAACUUUUGAUUACAAUUUUUUUUUUUAAUUGAGGUUCUAAUAUGUUAAUGAGCUAGUUCUUUUCUAGAACAAUAUUCCAUAGCUUUGCUUGUCUAAGCUUUAUCUUUUGUUUGUUUUUCAUGGAUUUUGGUUUGUGCGCAUUUGUUGCUUUGUGUUUCUUAUUUUUCCACUCCAUUUUCAACGAAAUUAAGACUUUUUUUAUUUUUUGGAAUUUGCUAUUUGGGAAUCUUUUAUUUCUAUAUAUGCUUAUCAACUUCAAAUGGAUUUGGUGUUGGAGUUUAUGUUUGAUUUUGAGGGCUAGCUGUUAGGGUUCAACUAUGUUUCCUUCUUUUUUAUUUUUGGUUUGCACUUUCCCAUUUUGUAAUAAGAAAUGCAUUUCUUUUUU